AUGACACCUGACAACACCACAGCAAUGUCGUGGUUGAAAAUCACCUACAUCUCCAUGGAGGUUAUCAUCGGGCUCUGCGCUGUCGUGGGCAACAUGCUGGUCAUCUGGGUGGUCAAGCUGAACCCCAGUCUGAGGACCACCACCUUCUAUUUCAUAGUCUCCCUAGCGCUAGCUGACAUUGCCGUUGGGAUACUGGUCAUGCCUUUGGCUAUUGCUGUCAGCCUGGAAGUGAAGAUGUACUUCUAUACCUGCCUUUUCAUGGCCUGCGUGAUUCUGAUCUUCACCCACGCCUCCAUUAUGUCCUUGCUGGCCAUCGCUGUAGACCGUUACCUGCGGGUCAAGCUGACAGUCAGUUGUUUCCUGUUUCUGUGAACUCACCAACUUUUUUUUUUCCAUUCAAACAGAUACAGGGCAGUCACCACUCAAAGAAGAAUAUGGCUCUCCCUGGGCCUUUGCUGGGUAGUAUCUUUCCUGGUGGGACUGACCCCUAUGUUUGGCUGGAAUGAAAAAGUGCUCUCAGGGCCCUCCCAAAAUAUCACCACCCUUUUGUGCCAUUUCCGUUCGGUCGUGUCUCUGGAUUACAUGGCCUUCUUCAGUUUCAUCACCUGGAUCCUCAUCCCCCUCCUUGUCAUGUGCGCCAUCUAUCUGGACAUCUUCUACAUCCUCCGCAAGAAACUCAGCCAGAACUUAUCUGGCUUCCGAGAGACACGCGCAUUCUACGGACGGGAGUUCAAGACAGCCAAGUCCCUGUUCCUGGUUCUCUUCUUGUUUGCUUUGUGUUGGCUGCCGCUGUCCAUCAUCAACUUUGUUUCCUACUUUAAAGUUAAUAUACCAGAGGUAGCAAGGUGCCUGGGCAUCUUGUUGUCCCACGCGAACUCAAUGAUGAACCCUAUUGUCUACGCUUGUAAAAUAAAAAAGUUCAAGGAAACCUACCUUGUGAUUCUCAAAACUUUUAGGGUCUGUCAGAGCUCAGUUUCCUUGGACUCCAACUCUGAACAGACUGAACCAAUAGAGAUAAAAUCACAGGGCCAUGCUGAGCCGGCCUACCCUUUGCUGGCCCAGGGAAAGCUGGCCUUACCUCUCAUGGGACACUGCAGCAAGAGAGCUGGCUCUGAGGCCUGCAGGAGAGCUGGCCCCUGCAAUCCAGAGAGCUGGCCCCUGCAAUCCAGAGAGCUGGCCCCUGCAAUCCGGAGAGCCGGCCCCUGCAAUCCGGAGAGCUGGCCCCUGCAAUCCAGAGAGCUGGCCCCUGCAAUCCGGAGAGCCGGCCCCUGCAAUCCAGAGAGCUGGCCCCUGCAAUCCAGAGAGCUGGCCCCUGCAAUCCGGAGAGCCGGCCCCUGCAAUCCGGAGAGCCGGCCCCUGCAAUCCGGAGAGCUGGCCCCUGCAAUCCGGAGAGCCGGCCCCUGCAAUCCGGAGAGCCGGCCCCUGCAAUCCGGAGAGCCGGCCCCUGCAAUCCGGAGAGCCGGCCCCUGCAAUCCGGAGAGCCGGCCCCUGCAAUCCGGAGAGCCGGCCCCUGCAAUCCGGAGAGCCGGCCCCUGCAAUCCGGAGAGCCGGCCCCUGCAAUCCGGAGAGCCGGCCCCUGCAAUCCGGAGAGCCGGCCCCACUCCUCACCAGAGGGUAAAUGUCGACACCAUGGUCAUGGAUGAAAAGGUGAAGACAGGUGUUGAACUGGAUACAGUUUCUGCUAAUUGUAGCUAUGAUGCCCACUACAAGAACCACACCAAGUACUGGUGCCGAGGCUAUUUCAGGGACUCGUGCAACGUUAUCGCCUUUACCCCUAACAGCACCAACCGUGUGGCCCUGGAGGACACAGGAAGCCAACUCAUCAUCACUAUGUCCUACCUGGUCAAGGAGGACACAGGCUGGUACUGGUGUGGCAUCCAACGGAACUUUGCCAGAGAUGUCAUGGACUUUACACAGCUGAUUGUAACCGACAGCAGAGACAGCCGGGCCAGUGGUUUUCCACCUGGUAAAGAGACUGACCUUCCAGGGAACAGGACCCGGAGCUAUAAAAUUUCCAAAACUAUCCAAAAGGCAGAGGAAUCCAAACUGUCCCUUAUGGGCCUUUGCAUACUGAUUGUUCAUUUGGGGAUCAUCUUUAUAAUGAGUGUUUGCCCAAGGGAAGGAAAAGCCAGAGGAAUGAGGAAUAGAGGAGAAGGGAUUGGGGUCAAGGCUCUUGUCUAA